CCACCACUCCCAGCUGUGACAGCGCUCAGGACCGAUGCUCAUAGGUCCCGCCCCCGGGAUCCCCGCCCCCUCCGCCCGCGCCCCGCCCCUCGCAGCCCAGUUCCGGAACCCGCGGGCCCAGCCGCGCCUGCGCCUCCGCUGGUGCGUGCCUGCGUCGCGCGCUCUUACUCGGAGCUGCAGAGGCGGCUGGUGUGCAGCAAGCUCCGCGCCGACCCCUGACCCCUGUCCCCGGCCGGGCAUGAGCCGCUACGUGCUGCCGCUGUCGGCGCUCGGCACGGUAGCAGGCGCCGCCGUGCUGCUCAAGGACUAUGUCACCGGUGGGGCUUGCCCCAGCAAGGCCACCAUCUCUGGGAAGACGGUCAUCGUGACGGGCGCCAACACAGGCAUUGGGAAGCAGACCGCCUUGGAACUGGCCAGGAGAGGAGGCAACAUCAUCCUGGCCUGCCGAGACAUGGGGAAGUGUGAGGCGGCGGCGAAGUACAUCCGCGGGGAGACCCUCAAUCACCACGUCAACGCCCGGCACCUGGACUUGGCUUCCCUCAAGUCCAUCCGAGAGUUUGCAGCGAAGAUCAUUGAAGAGGAGGAGCGAGUGGACAUUCUAAUCAACAACGCGGGUGUGAUGCGGUGCCCCCACUGGACCACCGAGGACGGCUUUGAGAUGCAGUUUGGCGUUAACCACCUGGGUCACUUUCUCUUGACUAACUUGCUGCUGGACAAGCUGAAAGCCUCAGCCCCUUCGCGGAUCAUCAACCUCUCGUCCUUGGCCCAUGUUGCUGGGCACAUAGACUUUGAUGACUUGAACUGGCAGACGAGGAAGUAUAACACCAAAGCCGCCUACUGCCAGAGCAAGCUGGCCAUCGUCCUCUUCACCAAGGAGCUGAGCCGGCGGCUGCAAGGUUCUGGUGUGACUGUCAAUGCCCUGCACCCCGGCGUGGCCAGGACAGAGCUGGGCAGACACACAGGCAUCCAUGGCUCCACCUUCUCCAGCACCACACUCGGGCCCAUCUUCUGGCUGCUGGUCAAGAGCCCCGAGCUGGCUGCCCAGCCCAGCACAUACCUGGCCGUGGCGGAGGAACUGGCAGAUGUUUCGGGAAAGUACUUUGAUGGACUCAAACAGAAGGCCCCGGCCCCCGAGGCCGAGGAUGAGGAGGUGGCCCGGAGGCUUUGGGCUGAAAGUGCCCGCCUGGUGGGCUUAGAGGCUCCCUCUGUGAGGGAGCAGCCCCUCCCCAGAUAACCUCUGGAGCAGAUUUGAAAGCCAGGAUGGAGCCGCAAGACCGAGGACAGCUGUCCGCCAUGCCCGCAGCAUCCUCUAGGGGGCGGUGCUGGCACCACCUGAGCUGGGAGACCCAGGACUGGCGGCCGCCAUGCCCGCAGCGUCCUCUAGGGGGCGGUGCUGGCACCACCUGAGCUGGGAGACCCAGGACUGGCGGCCGCCAUGCCCGCAGCGUCCUCUAGGGGGCGGUGCUGGCACCACCUGAGCUGGGAGACCCAAGACUGGCGGCCGCCAUGCCCGCAGCAUCCUCUAGGGGGCGGUGCUGGCACCACCUGAGCUGGGAGACCCAAGACUGGCGGCCGCCAUGCCCGCAGCGUCCUCUAGGGGGCGGUGCCGGCCGCAGUGGACUGGCCUGCAGGUGAGCACUGCCCUGGGCUCUGGCUGGUCCCAUCUGCUCUGCUGCCAGCAGGGGAGAGGGGCCAUCUGAUGCUUCCCCUGGGAAUGUAAGCUGGGAACGGCCGGGGAAGCAGGGGCUCCAUGCGCUUGUGGGCCAUGUCAGGAGAGCCGGUGGUGCCUGUGGGAGAGGGCUCCAAGGUGCUGCGUGAAGGGCACGGGCGAGCUGUCUGACACUGGAUUCUUGCGUCCCUCUGGGGCCUUGUGCAUGCAUGGUCCUCUCUGAGCCUUGGUUUCAGCGGUGAGGUGCUCAGAGUAACUGCUGUCUCCCGCGAUGGUGCGGUGCGGUGAGCCGUUGCCUGGCUGUGCACAGCCCUUGCCAGGGGUGUUUGCUGAGGGUUUCCUGUGCCAGAGCCCGGCCAGAGAGCAGGUGCAGGGGUCAUCCCGAGUUCAGGCUCUGCACGGCAUGGAGUGGGAACCCCACCAGCUGCUGCUACAGGACCUGGGAUUACCUGGGGCUCCCACCUUCCUAUCAAUUGUCACGGUAAUCUAAACCGCAGACUCUCAAACUUGCUCAUUUAAAAAAAAAAAAAAAUGUGCCCGAGUCGUAGGUUUUGUUUUUCAUCUGUGUAUGGGUGAAUGCCCAUGAGCUGAACAAAGGCAAGUCAUGGAUUUACUCCUUUUAGGAAACAAGGCAUCAGUUUAUCACCAGGGCAACAGGCCAUGCAAAAGUUCAGACUUUUUAGAGAUGAAAGCCCCUUUUUCACAGGUAAUAACCGUUUAAGUCCGGGCAUCUUACAAGACUGCUGUGUUAGAAACUGGAUAGAGAUCAGGGUGAGAUGAAGGGGCUCUUAGCUUAGGUGCAGAACCGAAGGAGGCACCGAAAAGCUCAGUAAUCAAGAUAGAAAACAUGUUUUCAUAUUUGAGAUACUGGGGAGGCCAGGGAUAUUGCUCAAUAUCCUGCAGUACACAGAACAGCCACCCAGUCUCGCUCUGUUGCCCAGGCUGGAGUGCAAUGGCAUGAUCUCGGCUCACUGCAACCUCUGUCUCCCAGGUUCAAGCGAUUCUCAUGCCUCAGCCUCCUGACUAGCUGGGAUUACAGGCGCCCACCACCACACCUGGCUAAUUAAAGACAGGGUAUCACCAUGUUGGCCAGGCUGGUCUUGAACUCCUGACCUCAGGUGAUCCACCCGUCUUGGCCUCCCAAAGUGCUGGGAUGACAGGUGUGAGCCAGUGCACCUGGCCCUUUUUGCUUUUUAGAGACAAGGUCUCACUGUGUUGCCAAGGCUGGAGUGCAGUGCCAUCACAGCUCACUACAACCUCAACCUCCUGUGAUUCUCCUGCCUCAGCCUCCUGAGUAUCUGGGACUACAGGUGCAUGCCACCACACUUGGGUAAUUAUUUGUAGAGGUGGGGUCUUGCUGUGUUGCCCAGGCUGGUCUCAAACUCCUGGGCUCAAGUGACCCUUCCACCAUGGCCUCCCAAAUUGUUAGGAUUACAGGCGUGAGCCACCGUACCUGGCCUUAGUUUUCUUUCCGAUGCCAUACCAAAUGGCUGGAGGGUGUGUUUGGGAUGACCUGACUCUGGUAGGCAAGUUCCAGUGGACCCCACAGUGAGACCACCUCCCUUUGAGUGUGGGGGAGAUGUAGCGACGGGCUUCUAGCAGUAGGGUAGGGCAGAGGUGACGGUAGGUUAGUCUUGUUAUGAAACUGACCUCUGUGAUGGUAGCGUCCCUCUUGUCAGCCCUCUUGUCUUGCCCUCUCACUGGCUGGCGGUGAUGGAGCCGGCUGCCAUGGUGAGCGGCCCUGUAGAGAAGCCAGGGAGGAAUGGGGACAGCUGGGAGAAACAGAAUCACACCGACAACCAUGUGCGUGAGCUUGCUAUGUGCUCUUGCUUGGAAGUUACAGGUUCAGCCCAAGAGGAGUGGACCACUCCAGGGUGGGAAUACCAGGAGGGGGAAUCGGAAGGCCACCCUAAGCACGCCGACCGGAGACAGUGUGUGUGUAGUAGCUAUUUCUUACUGGGAGUUCAUGGAAAAGCAAGUUUGGGAAACACUCCCAUCAGAUGGGUGGGCUGAGGAUAACCUCAAAGGCUUUGGUUCUCUGAAUAGGUGCGUAGGACUCACCCAGGCACUCUUUCCUUUUUUGAAUUGUGGUAAAAAGUACGUAACACUGGCCAGGCGUGAUGGUGCACGCCUGCAAUCCCAGCUACUAGGGAGGCUGAGGCAGAAGAACUGCUUGAACCAAGGGGGCGCUGCUCCUGACUGUAACACGUUUUCAACAUCCCCGCUCUUUGGUGGCACAGGGGCUGGCCCCAUAUACAUAUGCGAUGGCAACUGACCGGGUCCCUGAUACACCGGGAGUGCUCCAGAAACACCCCGUUGCCUGGGACGGAGGAUGUUAUGUGGCCCUCCUAGGGUUUGAGUUUGAUAAAUGGGCAAAGGAAGUGGUUUUUAGUAGAAAGCCAGCUUUCCUUUUUUUUUUUUUUCCCAGCCAGCAAACCCCAAACAGGAACCUAUAGUUGGUGAUGGAUGUGCGUUCAGAAAGCAGGGAGGGAGGGGGAGCCAGAGGUAAGGGGGGUCAUCAGCCAUAGCUGUCUGCUGCAUCACCCCCUCGCUAUCUCCAGAAAGUUUUCUGGGCUUUUCCUGUUGCACAGUGUGGAAGUCCCCCAUCGUCAUUCAUAUUGAGGAAAGUCAAAGGACAAACCCUAAAGAUGGCAGUGUCUUUCUGCCUUCCUAGUCAGGCUGCUGCUGUAGCGGAGUGUCACCCUGAUUUCCAGCCCCACAGCACACAGUCGCACAGUGAGACCCUGCCUGGCGUGAUUCAGAGGCAACAUAUUUCCCAAGGUGGCUGUGAAGGAACUGGGGGGAUAAACACAGCCCGUGAACCGCAAGCCAGAGGGCAGGUCCAGCUGGCUGCUGCUGAGUCAUCACAGCGUGUUGUGUCUGAGCACUUCUCCAAACUACCCAAGUGGCACCCGGGGCGACAUUUACAUCAUCUUGAGUACAAGUCUCUCAAGGAAAAAGCGAGCCCAGCAUCUUCUGCCAUGGCAACCCUGGCUUGGAGCCUCAUAGGAGAGAAGGCCCUAAGAAUACCAUUUUCUUGCUCUAAGUUGCUCUUAUGGGAAAGAAGUGAUAAUAUUCUUCCUAAAUGCCAUCAUUCGUGCAUCUUUCCCACCUACAUGUGUCACCGGAUCAUUCCCUGCCUGGGUGGGGCCGUCCUGUGCACUGCAGAAUGCUGAGCAGUGUCCUUGGCUUCAACCGACCAGAUGCCAGGAGCACCCCAAUUUCUGCCAUCGGAUGACUGAGUUCACUGUUGCAUUUGAUUUUUUAUGUAUCUUUUAAAAAGGACCCAGUAGGGCCAGGCACAGUGGCUCACACUUGUAAUCCCAGCACUUUGGGAGGCUGAGGUCGGCAGAUUGCUUGAGCCCAGGAGGAGUUCAAGACCAGCCUGGGCAACAUAGUGAAACCCUAACUCUACAAAAAACAGUUUUUUUAUUUUUAUUUUUUUUUAGACAGAGUUUCGCUCUUCUUGCCCAGGCUGGAGUGCAGUGGCGCAAUCUCGGCUCACCGCAAUCUCUGCCUCCCGGGUUCAAGCGAUUCUCCUGCCUCAGCCUCCUGAGUAUCUGGAAUUAUAGGCAUGCGCCACCACGCCCAGCUAAUUUUGUAUUUUUAGUAGAGACGGCGUUUCUCCCUGUUGGUCAGGCUGGCCUCGAACUCCCGACCUCAGGUGAUCUGCCUGCCUCGGCCUCCCAAAGUGUUGGGAUUACAGGCAUGAGCCACUGCGCCCAGCCAGGUUUAUAGUUUUCUAACCCUUAUGACCAAUCUCAUAGUAUUCUGCAGGGAUAAGCAUGAAACCACUUGUUCAAUAAAUGCAAACAAAAAUGCCAAUGAUUCUUAAGACAUUUCUAAUCUUAUUUUACCAAUAAUUUUAAAGCCAGCUUAUGUAUUAAAGAUUUAUAACCACUGUUAUUAACGUUUAAAGUUCUAUGCAGCUUAAAGCAUUUAUAAUUGAUAAAACUGCCGAUACUGAGUGCCUGACAUAACAUUUGAAAGGUGGCAGGCAUUCAACCAUGGUCACUGAAUUAGAGAUGUAGGGGAGAUGAUGGCAGGGAGGUUUUUAGAUAUCAACACCCUGAUAUUUAUCAUUUUAACCACUUGUAAGUGCACAUACAAGUCAAUGGCAUUGGCUGGGCGCGGUGGCUCACGCCUGUAAUCCCAGCACUUUGGGAGGCCAAAUCACGAGGUCAGGAGAUCGAGACCAUCCUGGCUAACACGGCGAAACCCCAUCUCUACUAAAAAUACAAAAAUCAACUCGGCAUGGUGGCACGCACCUGUAGUCCCAGCUACUCAGGAGGCUGAGACAGGAGAAUCGCUUGAACCUGGGAGGGGGAGGUUGCGGUGAGCCAAGAUCACGCCACUGCACUCCAGCCUCGGCGACAGAGCGAGACUCCGUCUCAAAAAAAACAAAAAAACAGUCAAUGGCAUUAGAUAUAAAUACAUUUACAGUGCUGUGUAACCAUCACCACUAUGGAUACCCCAGACUUAUCAUCAUCUUCAACCUAAGCUCCCCCUAUUAAAUAGUAACUCCCCACUUUUCCCAGACCCUGGCAACCACCAUGCUAAUCCCUGUCUCUAUGAGUUUGACUCCUCUCGAUACUGCAAAUAAGUGGAACAAUGCAGUAUUUAUCCGUCAAAUCUGGAUUAUUUCCUUUAGCGUAAUGUCUUCAAGGUCCAUCACGUUGUAGCACGUAUCUGAAUUUUAUUCUUUUAUAAUAUUUAUUUUAUUUUUGGAGACAGAAUCUAGCUCUGUCACCCAGGCUGGAGUGCAAUGGCGCGAUCUCGGCUCACUGCAACUUCCGCCUCCCGGGUUCAAGCCAUUCUCCUGUCUCAGCCUCCGGAGUAGCUGGGACUACAGGUGCCUGCCGCCAUGCCCGGCUAUUUUUUUUGUAUUUCAGUAGAGACAGGGUUUUACCGUGUUGCCUAGGCUGGGCUUGAAUUCCUGAGCUCAGGCAAUCUGCCUGCCUCGGCCUCACCAAAGUACUAGGAUUACAGGCAUGAGCCACCGCGCCCAGCCUUAUUUUUAUUUUUGAGAGAGUCUCACUCUGUCGCCCAGGCUGGAGUGCAGUGGUGCGAUCUCAGCUUACCGCAAUCUCCGCCUCCCAGGUUCAAGCGAUUCUCAUGCCUGUCUCCCAAGUAGCUGGGAUUACAGGCGUGCGCCACCAUGCCCGGCUAAUUUAACGCCCAGCUAAUUUUUGUAUUUUUAGUAGAGACGGGGUUUCACCAUGUUAACCAGGCUGGCCUCGAACUCCUGACCUCAGGUGAUCCACACGCCUCGGCCUCCCAUAGUGCUGGGAUUACAGGUGUGAGCCACUGUGCCUGGCUGAUUUUUAUUCUUUUAGUUAAGGCUGGUUGAUAUUACCUUGUGUGUAUAUACUGCAUGUUGUUUAUCCAUUGUUGAUGGACAUUUGGGUGGUUUCACCUUUUGGCUAUUGUGAAUAAAGCUGUUAUGAAUGCUGGUGUACAAA